AUGAUGGCUGUAGAGAAACUUAUCAAAGGUAAGGAGAUCGAUUUAGAUGAAUUGGAAGAGCGGGCAAAUCAAACCCAGAUACAAAAGCACUACAAAAUAUCUAACGUGGAACUAGGGAUAUCAUCAAUUGCUGAUGCUAUAGUUUGCCGGAUUGCUGCCCGUGAUGCUCUGUAA